AUCUAUGUGACUCAAAGACAGGAGUAUCUCCCAGUGUCUUAAACCCAUAUCAAAAUAAAACUUUAUCAAACUAAAUAAGACAUGUUGCUGACUACGAAGUCCACAGAGUCACUUGCGAACUGCAGGUUCUCGCGUGAGUUCGAUGUGUCCCGAUAACUCAGAAAAAAAGCCAGCAAAACAGGGAGAAAGAAAUUGUCAGAAAAACCGAAAAAAAAUAUUCAAAAAAACAAAACCCUGAAAAAAUUAUUCAGAAAAACGGGAUUAUUAUUAUUUUUUUUUUUUAUCCAAAUGAAUAAAAUACGCUUACGUACAUUCUUACUUGAUUUCUCGUGUCAAACUAACUUGGGCGUUUUAUUUUGAAAAUCUCACAGGAAAUGCUACGCGUGGAUGUUGUCUGGGUAAAAGUUAACUAUGGGUACGUGGUAGGUUUAAAAAAAAGAAAAGAAGAAAAAUCCAUCCAUUCCAAGCCCUUUGUUUGGUGAUCCUGGGCCAGUUAUCUUGAGGAACAACGUUUACAGAGGCGGCUUGUAGCGGCUCGGACGCCCCGGCGGAUGGCUCCUCGAAGGCCGGACUCGGCGAAGAGAAGCGGCGGCGGUCGGGCCCCCGACUUUCGGAGCUCGGGCUCGGCGGCGCGCCGCCACUCCUCCGCCGCGGUGCUGCCGUCCGUGCUGACGUUCGUGGUGAUCGUCGCCUCCGGAGGCCUGCUGCUCAUGAUCGAGAAAGGAAUGCUCAGCGGCGUAAAGACACCUUCGCCCCGGGGAAGCAGGAGGCUGGAUGUCGGCCGGCAGCACACCAGCCAACGAGAGCCUGCGGCGGAGGACGUGGACUUGCAGAUCCUCCAGGACAUCCGAAACCGGACCCUGAUGUCCAUGUGCAGUCAGAAGAACAUGCCGCACAGCCUGUGGUCGCUGACGCCGCAGGAAAGGAGGACGCUGCUGCAGCACGUGUUGGUCAACGACGAGUACCGCUUCCUGUACUGCUACGUGCCCAAGGUGGCCUGCUCCAACUGGAAGCGCGUGCUGAAGGUGCUGGGCGGCGCGCUGGAGAGCGUGGACGUCAAGAUCAAGAUGGAUCACAUGAGAGACCUGACUUUCCUGUCCUCGAUGAAACCGGAGGGCAUCCGCUACCGUCUGCAGCACUAUUUCAAGUUCAUGUUCGUGCGCGAGCCAAUGGAGCGCCUGCUCUCCGCGUACAGGAACAAGUUCGGCGAGAUCGAGUCGUACCAGCGCAAGUACGGGGCGGAGAUCGUCAAGCGUUACCGCAAGAACCGCGCCGGCAAGAGCUUGCGCAUCGCCGGCGACGACGUGACCUUUGCCGAGUUCGUCCGCUACCUUCUGGACGAGGACGCCGAGCGCAUGAACGAGCACUGGAUGCCCAUGUACAACCUGUGCCAGCCGUGCGCGUUGCGUUACGACUUCAUAGGCUCCUACGAGCACCUGGAGCGGGAUGCCGAGUUCGUGCUGCGCAGCGUCGGGGUGCCGCCGCACGUCAGCUUCCCGGCGAGGCAGGCGUGGUACAAGCCCGUCACGGCGGAGACGCUGCACUACUAUCUUUGCAGCCUGCCGCAGAAGCUUCUCAGGGAGCUCCUGCCCAAAUACAUUUUAGACUUCUCCCUCUUUGCGUAUCCACUUCCCAACACGACCGCGGAGCACUGCCGGCAUUAAAAAAAAGUAAUUAAAUAAAUAAAGUGAACUGGAUUAGCAUUUAAAUGAUUAAUUGUGCAUUUAUGUGUAUCUGCAGACCCCGCUGUAUCACGUUUUAGGCCCGCCGCGCACUGAGCAAAACAGCCAAACGUGACAGAACCAUCGCAAACAAAAUUUUAGUUGGGUGACCUUUUCACCACACAUCCAGUGACUGCGACCCUGUAUCGGGUUUUGAGGCGCAACACUAUACUGUAUUAUAUUUUUUGAUUGACCCAAAACCCAAAACAUGGCACGAUUGUCAAAGAAGAUGCGGAUGCCCAAUAAUUAUGAGUGCGGCUAUUUUGAGUGUUGGCAAUGAUCGAUCUCCCCAAUCACUUACUGAAUUCUGUUUCAGCGACAGACUCCGCUCCUCUGUAAAUUCGUACUCUUCUAUAUUUUUCUACUUUUCUAUCAAGACUGUUCACAUUUUUACCCAAGAUGUCUCGUGGCUUUUGUGUAGCCGGCUAAAACGCACACCAAACACUACGUCAGCAGGCUGUGGAUUAUUUUCACUCGUUUUCCACGUUUUUAAAUCGUAUACAGUGGGAGGAAAUAAUUAUUUUGAUCCCUUUGUGCGUUUGUAAAAUUGCUCACUCAACAAAGAAGUCUUCAGUCUCCAAUUGUUACAGAUGUUUUGGAUUAUGGUGACAGACAGAAGUUGAAAAUGGUUUGAAAAAAAAUAAAAAAUACACAAGUUUUUUGUCAAUUCUGGCUCCCACAGACUGUUGCUUAUGCGGCACAAAUCAACCAAUACUCGUGAUCCCAACUUUGGGGUAAAAGGCGACUUCACCAUAUUUAGAGGCCAAUAUACUGUCAAAUCUUGCGAUGAAACUUCUUCUUACUCCCUAAAUACUUCUGGUUUCUCAGCUGUCGCCUGGAAACCGCUAAUAUUAAGCUCUCGCCGUAGGUUUUCUUUUGUGUUGAGGUUUUGGAGCCUGACUAGGCCACUCCAUGACCGUUAGUUAUACGCUUAAGUUAAUGUUCCUGCCUCCAUGCUUUUUUUUUUUUUUUUUUUUUUUUUUUUGCGGGGAUGUUGUUGAGUCAUACGCCUCCAAACACAAUAAAUCGAGUAAAUGGCAAAAAGCUCCACAAUGCUUUCAUCUGACCAGAGCACUUUCUUCCAAGCCUUCUUGAAGUAAUUUAGAUGUUCACUGGCAAACGUAAGGCGUGUCUGUACAUGUGCACCAGACAAACUGUGGGAGGCUAAAUUCUGGCUGAGUUGCAUUGGGAUUAAAUCCUUAUUUCACCCAAACAUUUACAGUUUUUCUAGGCAUUUUUGACUGAUAUCCUGUGUGGUACCGUAAUCAGUAAACAACCACAACAAUUAGAGACUCUUAAUUUCUGUGUAAUUGAGCAAACAAAUUUUAAAAAUCCUGCUGUUCAGCAUUAAUCAUCUUUCAACUAUCAAUAGUGGAAUUUACAAAGUCAAAUACCCCAAAAGGUGGUACAAUUUGGAUCUUAACCAAACAUUUUGUGAAAAAAUACUCUUCCAAAGUCAAACCUUCAUCAUCCCAUGAGAUGCCAAUCUCCGUGCAAAUUGAGUUACACAAUUCAUUCAAAAAUGUAUUAAUUACUGACACAAAUUCAGUUUAGCGCACAGAUGCUCAUGUUAUCUGAUAUGUUGCUGUAUAAACUAGCUUGCUGACAAAAUAUUAUUGUAAUUUCUCUUAUAUAAUGCUCAAUUCUUUAUCCCCCCCAAAAUUCUCAAAAGCUGAUGGGGUGCAUUAUACAUGGGCAUAAGGAAAAUGGAAAAAAAUAAAUCUUUCACAUAUGCUUACCAAUACCUAGAAGUUGUGAAAAAGGUGUACUUUCAUUCCAAAAUGAUAUGUAAUGUCUAAUGUUAAAAAUGUAUACAUAUUAGCCCACCUGAGAAUCAAGGCCUCUUCCCAGACCCAUUAUUCAUAUAAAAAUCCAUAACAUCCAAAAUAUUUGGCAUUUCUUUCUGGUAUUUUAAGAGGUGGAAGUGGGUAGAGAUGUCCCACAUACAUCUUGUUGACGAAUGCUGGCAGUUUCGCGACAUUAAGCUACGUUCAGGUGUUUCUGUAGUGAGUGCAUAUGAAGAGGAAAUCUUUUAACGUCCAUCAAAAUAGAAAAUGAGGAAUUUCAUUCUGAUAUUUUUAGAUGGGGAAGGGAGCAUAAUUAGUGAUGCCCAAAUACAUUUUGGUUGCAGUUCUGUGAUAUUAAGCAACAAUUAAGCUUUUUGACAUUAUGCAUGGCCUGAAAACCCCAAUAGAAUUACGUCCACGCAUGCACACGGAGCAGAAUAGUUAUUUGAAAAACCUAAUAAAAUAUGGAUAAUACUAAGUUUUGAGCAUAUGGACAGCAGCAAAUUGAUGUUGCGCAUUAUACAUAGGUAAGAAGGGUUUUCUUGAUUUUUCAGAUGGCGACAGUUUGAACACAUGAAUUCAGUUGACAUUAUUCCCUUUGAGAAAUCAAUCCAUGUCUCCAUAAUCGGGUUCAACUUCCAAGGUUCCAGUGUAAGAAUUUGACGCCAUUGCUUUGUUUGUGCUGUCUGCAUGAGCCUUGCUCUUUAGCGUCACACAGGUUUUAAGUUCCUAUCCGGGUUGAGGGAUACUACCAGUAAACAUUAAAAACAUGGGAGAGAGGACUCAUAAAGGCGAGAAAAUCUAAAAAUAAACAAUACAUAUAAAAUAUAAUCCUUUUGAUUGUCCUGUGCUUAGGAAAUUAACUGGUGUUUACAGCAACCAGUCCCAUUUUCCCGAUUUCAAUCCAAAGCCAUGUAUGUCCUAAUAGACAGAGCCACUGCCGGCUUUUCCAAGAAGCCGUAUAACCAUUACUGACAAUGUAGACAGUUAACAGCCUCAUUAAUGUCCAGUUAAGGCUCCCCUAAUGUAGUACGUUCCAGUCAGCAGGUCUAAAGCUUAAUUUAUGGAAGGCGUUCUUCGAGUGGUGCUCUUCACUGGAAGUCAAUCCCUGAAGCUCACGUCUGAAAGGAUGACAAGAUACCAGAAAAGCCGAUUGGAUGAGAAUGAAUAAUCUCAGGAUGCGGGGUGUCAUCAGUGUAACGCCACAUUGUACGUAGAGUAUUCUGGAAAAUGAUUUGUGUUUGGCUAUGUGUCCUCUGAAUGCGCUACAAUUCGCACACUAAUUGACAAGUGUAAUUCUGCGGCUUGGUGAUGAAGUGCUGCCACCACGAGUGAAAACACAAUCCACACUUUUAUGGUCUUCAAGGGUGCUCGCUGUUUUUCUUCACACUCUGGGAUCUGCUUACGCAAGUAGUUGCCGCUCGCCUUGUCACACCACACUAGCUCCGCCCCUGGCCUUCGUGCUAACGAAAGCCAUACUCGACGUGGAGGGGGGCUGGGUGAACACCGGUUUAUUUGCACGAGACAGGCUAAUUUGACCAAAGCCAAUAAAAUAGGAUGUGUGUCAAUCAAUUUGUUUUCAAUUGUGAAGAACAAAAAUGGGUCUCCUUUUUGUGCUACAAGUUGUGUGUGUUGCGUGAAAGGCGUCACCUGCGUAACUCACUGCUCCCCGGUCGAUCUGGCGUUCGUUUGGCCGUUCGCCUGUCGCUGAGGAACUUGAGGAUUGGCUACCUCCCUCGCGUGGUUGCAGUCGCCGCUGAUGAACAACAAAUUGUUAGCAGCCAUUUUGUAAUUACAGUGGGCAUUUCAUUUCGUUUUGUUUCCAUUUUUCCUGCUUGUACCAUCAAAACCAUAUCGCUAAACAACCAAUUAAAACAUGCCUGUUUAUAGAGUGAUGCUAUUAACCUGUAUGUACAUUCACUCUGUUUGGAAACCAA